AUGAAACUCCCUGGAGGCAUCGGCAAGGCAAUCAAAGAAGGCUGGAUGCGUGUUUUGCGUAAAUUCGGCACGACACGCUCCUGUUCGAUGUUUAGAAUUGGCGAGGCUCACAACGUGGAAGUGUUAAAAUGGGUGUUCGACAACAAAGAGUGGAAGACGUACGAGGUCAUGGAAGCUGCCGAGUGUUACGGUCGACAGGAUCUGAUUAACUGGAUCAUCACGAACGAUCCGGCCUUCGACUGGGGCGAGCUGAGAGCUGCUCCACUCAUGACACGGAGGGGUCGACAGAAAACCUUGGAUAGUGAAACGAAGUGGUAUCCAUCCGAGUCGGUCCUAGUGAAUGCAGCGUCGCAAGGCCAAUUCGAUCUUGUUAGAAAAAUCCAAAGUAAAUCCAGUGUGUACGACGUCAAAGUCGCAAUAGCGGAGGCAGCCACAAACGGGCAUUGCGAGGUUCUGGAGUUUCUCCUGACAGAGCAUGAGGCUUACAAUCGCAGACUUGCAGUGCAGAAAGCAGCAACUAAUGGCCGACUAGAUGCUUUGAUACUUCUAUUACGCACUGAGUGGGAAGUGUGCAAGUCUUUGCUUGUGACGGCGAUGGAAAUAUCCGCUGAAAGUGGUCAGGUGCAUGAUAGUCAGUAUUGUCGCGAUGAAGACCUGCAAUGUGUGAAGCACUUCAUUUACACGGAUACUCUUUUAGUUAAAGCAGCGUCGGCAGGUCAAUCGGACUCAGUUGCGUUCUUGCUGCGCCACGAUCCGUGCAAGUUCAGUAUUUUCCGUGUGGUCGAGACGCUGUUUCACUAUUUUCGCUGCAACGUCAGUAUUGUCGCGAUGAAGACCUGCAAUGUGUGAAGCACUUCAUUUACACGGAUACUCUUUUAGUUAAAGCAGCGUCGGCAGGUCAAUCGGACUCAGUUGCGUUCUUGCUGCGCCACGAUCCGUGCAAGCUCAGUAUUUUCCGUGUGGUCGAGACGCUGUUUCACUAUUUUCGCUGCAACGGUAUUAAGGUGAUUUGUACGAGUUGUACUGCGAACGAUCUACUAGAAUUUUUUCAUCAAGUGCUAACCGGGUAUCGGUGUUUUGCUAUCCUCGAAGCAGUUUAUACUGCAUGUCCCGUAUCGACGUUUAACGAGGCUUUAAACUUGGUCUUGCCUGAGUUACCAGUACCUACGGAACGUAACAGAGAAGCAAUCGAUUUCCUGCAUAAGGUGGCUCAAAUUUAGAAUAAGGUUAAUGAAAAGCAUGAUAACCUU